CUGACCGCGGCAUUUCGCCCUCAAGGUCGUUUGUUUCCCUCCCGACGUUCUAACCAUCCGAAUAAGUUGACCCAAAUUCGAGUUAUCUCCAACUUAAAAUAAACCAACCACUCUGAAGUUAUCAGUAGCCAUGUUUGUACGUUAUCUUUAGUAUAACAGCUUAUUGUCAGUGAAUGACUACUGAGAAUUGUAUAUGACGUGUUAGCGGCUCCAUAGCUGAAAUUCAUCACUGAGAGUUUGAUAAUCUAUAUAAAAUGGCCCACCAUAUUGUAAUCUGUUUUAACACGGAUUUUUUUAUUGAAAAAAUUAAUCUAUCUUAUUUUUCUUACUACAUGUUUAUGAGUUACUUCAUAGCCAAGUACCUUUCGCGGUGGCUAUGACGGUACUUCAAGGUUGCCCAUAUACGCUACUCCUACCAAGAAAUUACUCAGCUUGAUAUAUUAAUAAAAGCGCUGACUUGAUACUUUACAGACAGACCAAUCAGAUCGAAGGUAACAGUUUACAUUUUUUGCGCGAAUUCCGAAAUGUUAUGACAUUGGUUAGUACUGUCUAAAGAGCGAAGUCAUUUAAUCUUACUUACACUAUAAACUACCUAAGAUUGUUAGACAUGUAUGUUUUGCAAACAGACGGUCGAUGUGAUGUUAGUAAGAAGGCUAGUUAAUAAAGGGAACUAACUCCUAAUGCACAAUGGAUUGGCUACGCCAAAUAUUAGUUGACCGUCCCUGACAUAGUUAGGGGACUAUAGAAACAAUCGCUGUAUCUCAAGCCUAUCUGUACUAUAUAACAUGUCCAACAGAAUAAUUAUUCAGAAGUUGCCAUCUGUAAGAACAACUAGAGUGUAAAUUUUGUGACCACCGGUUGUGAGCUGCACUUUGUCUGACCUGUAACUGAUGCCCGCAUUUGGAUGUGCAAUCAAGUUGGUCAUGAUUUAUAGACCAUCUUACAAUAAAGAAGACAAAUAGUCUAAGGUCGUAUCUACGGCGUUCUUGUUUCCCACCUACAUCGAUCCUAUCACAAAUAACCCAAUUGUGGGUCCAUUCAAGUUAAUUGAUUGUGUAGAAGCUAUAUAACGUUCUGAUGUUUUGUGUUUUCUGUAAUUAAUUGUUCAUUUGUGUCACCUGAAUUCUGACCGGCUUAAAAGUAGCUCAAGGUCGUCUGUGAAUUAUAGUCUUACCAUGCGGGUUCUGGCUGUGCAAACUAGUCGGUUUACUAUAUUUAUCAUUGCUCUCCCCUUUGUUUCCCAUUCAUCCUUUUUACCUGACUUGUUUUCCAAGCCAUUUAUCUAGUAUGACAACUUCCUCAUCUGUUUGUCUGCAAGCUUGUUUUCGGAUUUUCCUACGUCUCAAGUUUACUUUAUCGAUGUUCCAUCUUUCUUGUAACCUUGGAUAUUAACCAAUGAGUACUUGACAAGCUAAGCAACUAUUAUGUCAUAGAGGUCUUCAGUCUUAACUGUCUUUUGGACAAAUCACAACGCCAGUUUAGUGUAGCCUACGCGUUCGCAUAAUAUGUAUUAGUGAUUUAAUGUAACUACUCUGAUAUGCAAAAGUGGAUUACCCCCCAGAGAUGAGUCAAGUGAAUAUAAAAAAUAAGUUAGAAGCUUACUGACUGGAACUUCGACAUUAGACGGACAACCAUUGAAGUUUAGAAAUCGUCGUAGGUUUGUUAAAAACGAAACCCGUCGUUUCCGAAAACUAAGGUUACAUCACGUUACCGUGAAGUGAAGAAUCAAACAGCUUAAUUUCUGAAGGAAGAUUGAGAGCAUUCAUCGAGAAGUCAUCAUGCUACCAAAUUAAUAUUCAUUUUAAUAAUAGACUGUGAGUUUACAUAGACUCCAGCCAUUCACUGGACGCACUAAUUUAUAUGUACAAUAUACAUAAAGGAAUCAAAAAUCCCAAGUGUUAAAACUGUGCCUGAGUAGCUACAGAUUUACUAAACACAUCCAAUUCGAUAGUGACAGCCGACUUCGUACAUAUUAUGUCACUUCCCACUCAUAUUUCCAGCUACGGUAUCGAACUUGAACUUUUUAGGAUAAAUCUUUGUUAAUCUUCACUUAGAAUGCAUUGAGAAGUACAUAUUCGACCAGUGUUCUAAAGGUAUUGGGCGUAUACAAUUUGUUUGCUCAUUACAUUAUUGAUACCACGAUUUCUUAUUUUUAGUUCGAAACAAUGUAAAGACAACCAAAAAUCUUCACUCUAAGGGAGUUAUUGCGCAACUGGUUUUUAGAUUGCUAAUAAGACAUUUGAGAUACACCCAUAUCUAUAAGUCCGGACACACAUUUCCGUAACGUAGCAGGCCCGUACUCUCAAUUAUCAUAUUCAUUUCACCAAUUUCUUGGUAGAAUAACCACGACAAUCCCUUAAUUUUAGAAUGGUGAGACUUAACCCUAUAUUUUUCCGACCUUAAUAAACAGCUACACUGCCUAGCAUUUUACUUAGUUAAUCUUCAUUAAUUAUUCCCCUUACACUUUAAAUAUUUCUCAGAUCUCAAAAUUACGAACAUUCGGUCGUAUCACUUACACAUCAGCCACUGAAAUGAUCCCGAACAGCUUUUGAUUUGAUGCACAAGGCACUUGUAACUAAUGAAAGCUAAUCUUAAGUAGUGAUGACAGCUUUAUCCAGCUUGUGCAAUGUCCAACCCAAAAUAACAUGGUCAAAGUACUACUGUACACUCAAAGAAAUUCAGACUGUCUCACCCUUCAUUUCUCUUCAUGGAUAUGUACACUGUCCGUCGUGCGGGAACCAUUUAGAUAAUGUUCAGUUUCUAAAGCAUAUCUUAGCACAUUUGUUGGUGAAUGAACUCGAACUUGGUUCGCUAAUGUCUUUCAAAUUCUGCACAGAGUGCCUAUCCGUGCCAAAUGGAAUCACUAUGACCUCACACCAUUGGAUCCAUCGGCAUGUAGAACAGCAUACACCUCUGGCACUAAUGGAUGGUUGCUUUGUGUGUCCUAUUUGUGAAAGUAACUUUGUAUCACUUAUAAAAUUUGCUGUACAUUUAUACGAAAGACAUGUGUAUUUAGACUCGCCUUAUGUGUGCACAAUAUGUUACGGAUUCAGAUCAUCUUUUUACUGUGAAUUGAUAUCUCACUUUCGUGACUGCCACCAUAAAACGAACCACAUAUUCUGUCCAUAUUGUCUAAAACAUUUUGAAUUGUCUAUUCUGAUGAGUAUAGAUCUGGGACUACAUACAUUUGAUGCACAGGCGUUUUACAUCCACGUUCGGCAACAUUGGGAGCAAACUACGUAUCGAUGUACCUCUUGUCGUCUCGACUUCACACAUAAAAGGGAUCUUCAGUGGCACGAGUAUUUAAACCAUUCUGGACAUCCUUUAUCAAAGCCUAGUUGCGAAAAUAGUGCUUGUGAACUUUCGUCUCAUUUACCUGAUGACCAAUUGUCUCUUUCCUACUCAAAUCAACUAGUUGCGCACACACCGCGCACAAGAUUGAAGUGUUUAGAAUGCGGAGAGCAGGUACGUCACCCAGUACAUAAGCAUUUCAACAUGACACUAAGUUGUGCUAGAUGCAAAUACACUACAUCAUGUAUCGUUGCAGCUAAUUGGCAUUGGAGCAAAGUUCACUGUGCGCCACCCAUACAGCAGUUCUCUGUUCCUAAUGAUACACAACCUUGGCACAUGAAUAUCAACACUGCUGCACAACACGAAACACAAUCACUCAGCAUGGUCAGUGCAUCACUUUACGAUCCAUGUUCUUCAUCAACUAAUCAUACAAAGCGAUGUAGAAACGAGCAUGUACCUGCAGGGCUAUUUGUUAGAGGAUAUUUAAAAUGUAACUGCGGCUUCCGCACGAUGAUCUAUGACCUAAUGGCCCGUCACUUAGCAACGGAGGGCAAAGGACAUGAUCUUGCCAAGUUUGUGUACAACCCCCGGCCGUCAUCGUUUCUAAUAGUUGCCCGUCCUACAAAGACAAUGCGCACCUCCUUGUGGUGGCAGAAAAGAAUAUCACGGUUACCCCAUUUUUUGAACUCUGUUGGACUAUCCCAAUAAAAAUAUAUAUGUAAAGAGCCUA